AUGUUGGUUAGUGAUCCACCUGAUUCAUACGUAUUUACCUCCGGCCACCUUGUCCACAUUCAGAAGCGAAUAUGUCCUAGGACGGGCGAUCUCCCGAAUAGUAGUAUUCGAGAUCUUCUACCCCAAAAGGGUGGGAGACUUGUCUCCAAGUUGGAAUCCCUGGCUCAAUUCUGCAGGGACGAAUCCAUUCAGGAACCGAGUAUUCCCUUUUCCUCCUUACCCACCGAGACUGUCUCUUCCCCCGACUUCGAAUCUGUGUAUACCACCAUGCCUCCCCCUGCUGAUUGCUUAUGUUCGUCGACCGGCGUGACGAUUUCAAAGUCAGGAAUCUGGUGGAACCCUUUUCACGGCUCCGGAGGCUUCAUCGCCGACUUACUCCACGCCUCGGCCCAUCAGAAGCCUGCGAAGAAGCCCCCGGGUGCAUAA